GAGCCAAUAUUUUACUUUUACAUAGUUUAGAUAUGUUUUUACCAUACAGAAAAUGUAGUUAGCAAAACAUGUAUCUUCAGAGGAACAAAAAAACCUUAAAAAAGCAUCUGGUGUCUUGUGCAAUUUUAAAAUUCAACAGGAAGUGCUCCACCAUGUUCAAACGAAUCCAAGCCGGCUUGGAAAGAGCUGUCAAAGUUGUCAUUGGUUUUGUUAUUGUUAAUAACCGAGCGGUACAUUGCUAAACAAACAUAGGUCGCAUAAUGUUUAGAACGAUUACACCUAAAAUUGUGAGUAAAAUAUGCGAAAUUUCAAUAAACAACAGCAAGCAGAGUGGUAGAUUUUUAAUACGGCAUGCCCACAGAGCUGCGGUAUUACGAGAAGCAGGCAAACCGCUCGUACUGGAAACGGUAAAAAAGAUCGAAAAGCUGAAAAGUGAUGAGGUACGAGUGAAGGUGCAUUAUUGUAGUUUGAAUUCUACCGACGUUAAAAUCAUUGGCGGAAAACAUGCAGAAAUAAACGUUCCAUUGCCGUUCAUUCCCGGACAUGAAUUUUCCGGCGAAAUCGUUGACAUCGGAAAGGAAAAUCCGCAUCAUUUCAACCGUGGCGACCGUGUGGUGGUUAUGAACGAUCUGCAGGAUCCUAAUGGAGGACUCAUUUCGGAAGCGGUUGUCAAAAAUCGAGACGUUUGGACGGUUCCACAGUCGGUGCCACUGCGCGAGAUGGCUGUCUUACCGUACGGGCAUGGAACCGCCCUGCUAACGUUCGCCUUGCACUGUAAUCUGAAGGAAAACGAUUUGAUAAUCAUUACGGCAGGACCGGGCGGUAUGGGCCUGGCGGCAAUUGAUUUGGCCGUUAGCGUGUACAAGGCAACGGUGAUCGCAGUGUGCGACACGGAAAGCAGUUCCGAUCUGGUGCGGGAAAAAGGAGCACACAAGGUAGUGAGCAUGACGAAGAAUAACUUUACGAAGCUUUACAAAAACGUGAAGGAUGCGAUGGGCGACAAGAAGGCGAAGGUUGCAUACGAUGCGGUGGGCAAAGGAUUGCUUCACCUGCUUGCUGAUUUUGUCGAUCCUACGAACGGGCAGCUAAUCUCAGUUGAUCCAUUUUUCAAUGCCUCUAAAUUCCCAACGGAACUGCCAGAAUUUGAACGACCCAAGCGGAAGGAAAAGGACGAGAAACCGGAAGAGGUGGAAGGAAAAGCUAAACUUAUCAAAAACGUACGACAUUUCGAUCUGUACGAGUAUCCCGAUGUGGACACGUACCGGCAGAUGAUAUCGGACACGAUCGAGAUGCGGUCGGAGGGUAUGAUAGCGGGACAUAUUAGUAAAAUCUUUCCGCUAGCUAAAAUUCAUCAAGCGAUUGAGUUUGUGCAGCAGAAACAGUGCACCGGCAAGGUGUUAAUUGAUGUACAGUGUCCGGAUGAAGAUGAUUGCGCUGAUGCUAAAGAGAAGAAAGCGAAGAGCAAACAAGAAGGAGGAGAGAAGAAAAAAUCGAAGGAUUAGGUAGCAUUUGCUUAAGCGGAAGGUUUUUGGUUAAUGAGCAUUUCGUCGUUAUUACGCAGCAUGGGUGGAUAUGCUGUAGCUUAAAUGUUUAGUGUGUACGCUGUAUAAUUUAAUCAUUUUCAUUGUAUUUUUUGUCAUCAUUCAUGUCACACGCUUUCGUUUAUGAGUUUUCGCACCAUUUGGGAAUUUAGUUUACGGUUAUUUAACAACUUAUCCCACAUAUUGUUAAGUACUUGAAGGAAUAAUUAAAUAGUUUAACUUACCCUUUA